AUGCGUGUUGGUCAGGUAGCCGCCCUUCUCACCACCUUUGCGGGAGCUACGCUCGCUGCCCCGUUGGAGCCUCGCGCCGUGAUCGCCCACGACGCCGUCGUCGGCUUUGCCCAAGCCGUCCCGAGCGGCGAUCUGGGCACCGCGCUCCUCAAGUACAAGCCAUGGCUCUACGUUGUCAACGGCUGUGUACCGUUCCCGGCCGUGGACUCGUCCGGUAACACUGGCGGUGGUCUAGCUCCCUCUGGUGGCUCAAGUGACGGAUGUAGCUCCAGCCCUGGCCAGGUCUACGCCCGUGGCACACAAUAUGGAGACUACUACGCACUCAUGUACUCCUGGUACAUGCCCAAGGACUCUCCCUCAAGCGGCCUGGGUCACCGCCACGACUGGGAGGGCAUCGUGGUCUGGAUCGACAACCUGACGUCGCAGACCAUCAAGGGCCUCGCGACCUCGGCCCACGGCGACUUUGACGUCAUCACGUCCGACUUCCCGCUCGACGGCAGCCGGCCCAAGAUCCAGUACUUUAGCACCUGGCCCGUCAACCACCAGCUCGGCACCACGUCGACCAAGGGCGGAGAGCAGCCGCUUAUUGCGUGGGACAGCUUGACCGAUGCUGCCCGGACGGCCCUCGAGAACACCGACUUUGGCGAUGCCACGGUGCCGUUCAAGGAUUCUACCUUUACCAACAACCUUGCCAAGGCUGCCAUCUAG